AUGUCCACCGAGGAAACAUGGUCAACGCCAGUCGCCACCAUUGCCACCGAUGAUCACAAGCCGCUACCGAGCUUCAACGAACGCAACGGGAUAUACCGUUCCCUCCACUGCCUCGGCGAGCGUCACAAAAUCCCCAAAGACCCCAACCUCGACACGGCUACAUUUGUACUCUCACAAUUCCCAUCCCUACACCAUGCCGAGUUACGAAUCGCCCUCAUUGACUCGGCCACAAAUCAGCGCGUAACCUACGCGCAACUCCACCGCUCGGUCCUCUCCCUCGCCUCGGGUCUCCAGCACGCGCUCAAGAUCCAGAAAAACGACGUCGUUUUCGUUCUCUCGCCAAAUUCUCUUCUCUAUCCAACAAUUUGUUUGGCCGUAUUAUCUAUAGGAGCGAUUCUGACCACUGCCAACCCACUCAACACCGAAUCAGAAAUUGCUAAACAGGUCAGCGACUCAGAUCCAAAACUCGCUAUCUCGGGCCCUGACGAGCUUCACAAGCUAAUCCCUACUGGGGUUCCAACUAUCCUCACCUCUCGGCCGACGGACGGCGGUGAGGACGUCCUUCUCUCUGUCGAGGAGCUAAUCGAGAGCUGCGAACCGGCCGAGUUGGAGCGGAAAAAUCGGCCGUGUCAGUCCGAUACGGCGGCGAUUCUCUACUCAUCCGGGACGACCGGGACGAGCAAAGGAGUAGUUUUGACCCACGCCAACUUCAUCUCCGUCAUAACGCUCCUCAAAUGGUCUAUGGACGUGACGUCAGCCCAAAACGACGUGUUUUUGUGCUUCAUUCCUCUGUUUCACAUCUACGGCUUGGCGUUUUUCGGGCUCGGAUUGUUCUGUGUCGGAACGACGACGGUUUUGAUGAAGAAAUUCGAGUUAAAAGUGAUGUUGGACGCCGUAAAGGAAUACAGGGUUAAUAAUAUACCGGCGGUCCCGCCGGUGAUUCUGGGGAUGGUGAAGUACGCCGGAAAAUUUGCCGGCGUCGACUUGUCUUCGCUGAGGAGGGUGGGUUCCGGGGCUGCGCCGUUGAGCAAGGAACUGGUCGAGGAGUUCAGGCAGAGGUUUCCAUGGGUUGAGCUGAGGCCCGGCUAUGGCUUGACAGAAAGCUGCGGGGCUGCGACAAUUUUCGCGUCCAAUAAGGAUGCUAAGACACGAUCAGGUUCUUCUGGGAGAUUGAUUCCUGGGUUUUGCGCUAAGAUAGUUGAUGUGGAAACAAGAAAGUCUUUACCUCCUUAUAAGGAAGGAGAGCUUUGGAUAAAGAGUCCCACUGUGAUGAAAGAGUACCUGGGAAAGACAGAAGCAACGGCUGAGACAAUUGUCUCAGAUGGGUGGCUGAGAACCGGGGAUCUUUGUUAUUUUGAUGAGGAUGGCUUUCUUUAUGUCGUUGAUCGGCUUAAGGAGCUCAUCAAGCACAAUGGUUAUCAGGUUGCUCCGGCAGAGUUGGAGGCAAUACUUCUGGCACAUCCUCGUAUUCUCGACACGGCUGUCAUUCCGGUGGAAGAUGAAGAAGCAGGACAAAUACCAAUGGCGUAUGUGGUAAGAGCUGUUGGAUCGCAACUCACUGAGGCACAAGUCAUCGAAUAUGUCGCUAAUCAGGUGGCGCCAUACAAGAAAGUAAGAAAAGUGGGGUUUACAAAUGCCAUUCCGAGGUCAACUGCCGGCAAAAUCUUGAGGAAGGAUCUGAUCUUACUAAGCAAGCAGCAAAUUGCUUCUAGAUUGUAA